AUGGCUUCAGUGGCUUGGGUUCAGCAGACAACAGUAACGGGAUUUUCAGAUCAGAUAGAGCUUCUGAAUGAAAACAUGGACCAAAAGAAUGAAACCUCAACUGACUUCAUCCUCCUGGGACUCUUCCCUGGGUUCAGACACCCCCACCUCCUCAUCCUCAUCGUCCUCCUCAUCUACACCAUUGCCUUCACUGGAAACUCUCUCCUGAUUCUCCUCAUCUGGCUGGAUCCCCGUCUCCACACUCCCAUGUACUUCCUCUUCAGUCAGCUCUCCCUCAUUGACCUGGCUUACAUCUCCAGCACCAUCCCCAAGAUGGUAACCAACUACUUCACAGGGAAAAAGAACAUUUCCUAUCUGGCGUGUGCAGCUCAGCUGUUUUUCUUUCUUACACUUGGAAUUGCUGAGUGUGUCCUGCUAACCCUCAUGGCCUAUGACCGCUAUGUGGCUGUCUGCAACCCCCUGAGGUACACCGUCCUCAUGAGUCCCAGGGUCUGUCUGCAGAUGGCAGCUGCAGCCUAUGGGGGAGCCCUUGCCACGCUUGUCCACACCAUCUACCCAAUGCAAUUCCCUGUCUGUGGAUCCAGGGAGAUUGACCAUCACUUUUGUGAGAUUCCUGCCAUCAUGAGACUGUCUUGCGUGGAUACAUCAGCCUAUGAGAUGGUGAAAUUUGUGACAACUGUUGUGUUUCUCCUGGUUCCUUUUAUUCUCAUCCUGGCAUCUUACACCCUCAUCUUCCUGACGGUCCUCAGGAUGAACUCCCACAAGGGGAGGAACAAAGCCCUGGACACCUGCUCCUCCCACCUGACUGUGGUGAGUCUCUACUUUGGUCAGGCCAUCUUCAUCUACAUGAAGUCCACCUCUUCCCACGCCCAUGAGCAAGGCCAGAUUGUAGCCGUGUUUGGCACCACAGUGACCCCCAUGCUCAACCCCAUCAUCUACAGUCUGAGGAACAAAGGAGUUUUGGGGGCUCUGAGGAAAAUGAUGGUAAGAACAAAACAGUGUUCCUCCCAUGAUGGAAAUGGUCCAAUGAAGUUAAUCUGCCACAAGGUAGCAGACUGGUCACCUGGGUAUUACCGUGGGGACUCGUCGUGGGUCUCUGCAGCUGGCACAUUGGGCACUCAGCAGUAG